UCUCAUCGUCACAGUCAUCCGUCAUAAUUAAGGAUCAUUGGCCGCUCCUCAGAGAGUGAUAACCGUUCACGUGACGUCACAAGCCGUUAUGUCGGACUCUCACGUGGAGCUAAGGUAAUGUGACGAAGGUAAAGGUUAUCACGACUGACAGCACUUGUAAACAUCGCGAGGCGCCAGCCACUUCCGACAGACCUCAUCAGCGUUAUCUUCAAGGUCUCUGAGCGAGACUGGCCAGCAACAACAAUCGCAGUUUUAACUGGUGUUGACAAACAUCUGCAGCAUCCAUUCAUUAAUUUACGUACUUUGAGUUUGGAAGACUUGUGGAGGGAGCUAAUCCAGUUUAAGACUUCGGAGUAGAGUUGGAAAGUUAUUUAAAAGAUGGAAGUCUUCAGCUUCCGCUUAAAACCGUUGACAUCGCAGCCUGGUUCACCGGUUUCGGGGAAAUGUUCCAGCGUUUGCAGAGGUUCGCUGGCCACCGGAGUGUAUCAGCCGCCGAACGAAGUGAAGAAGGGUGGGAAGAAAAGUAAUUAGGAGCACAGUGGAGGUAAAGACACCCCAGUCAGUUGGAGGUUGAUAGGCAGGCAGUGAAGAAAGAGAAACAGUUUAGUGACGGCGAUCAGUCAUGCGCUUGGAGCUUCAUACGGGUAGCAGCCUUCUGAACGGGUGGAGGGUACGGAGGUGUGGCAACAGGGAGGUCAGCAGAGUAAGAGACAUCAAGGUUGACGGCGACAUCAGCAACCAAAAAGCGUUUGACGGUGAAGAGGUGGCGAGAUGAAAACACAAAAACGAGUUUUACCCAGGAGGAUCAUUGGAGAGAGUGACUGACGCCAAGGCUCAUGUUCUGGACAAAGAAAGUGUUUUCUCAUACCCGGAUUCUGCUGGUUAUGCAGUGACCUUUGACAGCAGACAUCAAAGCAUUGCUGUCAGGUCAUCAGUAACGGCAUCGUGAUCGAAAAUUCCGUGCCAUGGAAAUGAGAGACUGGCAAGCUCAUCUGUCUGCUCUGGAGUGCAACCACCACAUGUUCGAGAACCAGAUCCACUGUGACGUCAACUUUCGCGUGGGGUCACGUGGGCAGGUGUUGGGCGCCCACCGGUACGUACUGGAGUCUCGUAGUGACGUCUUCACCGUCAUGUUCCACGGACCGCUGGCAGAGACUGGCAUCAUCGAUGUUCCAGAAGUGGAGUUUGACGACUUUAAGGAAUUCCUCAGGUUCUUGUACACCGACGACGGCCCCAUCGACGCCGACAACGUGCUGGUGCUGCUGUACCUGGCCAAGAAGUACAACGUGGACACACUGGUGCGGCGCUGCGUGGCCUUCCUGGGCGACAGCCUGUGCGCGGAGACCGCGUGCUUCCUGAUGGAGCAGGGCCACAUCUUCAGCGAGGAGGGUCUGCGGCUGAAGGCGCUGAACUACAUCUGCGAGCACGCGCGCGUCGUGCUCAACGGACCGCACGUGCACGACAUCUGCAACCGCUGCCUGGCCAGCGUCUUCCGCAGCGACCUGCUGCGUGCACCCGAGGUGGAGGUGUACGAGUGUGCCCUGCGCUGGGCGGCGGCGGAAUGCGAGCGGCGCGGACGCGCGGACAGCGGCUGGGACCGCCGCACGGUCCUGGGGGCCAGCUUCAGCUACAUCCGCUUCCCUUUGCUGCCGGCGAGAUACUUCCUCGAUCACGUGAUGCGUUACGACAUUCUGACGCUGCGAGAGAAGCUGGAGUUGACGCGCUUCUUCCUCGACAGCGACAAGUACCCGCUGCAGACCUUCUCCGUCCGCCCUCGAGCCUUCAAGGACCCUCCGCCUCUGAUCCCCAAAAAGAAGGCGCCGAUGCACCCGGAGACCGGCAGCUCAUCCUCCACGGCCCAGCAGCAGCCACGUGGCGGGUGGCAGGCAGGUGAACAGGCGCAGUUCCUGGCCGGCACCGUCAACGAUGUGCGGCGGAGGUUGUCGGCGCGGCAGCGGGGCAUCACGCGCGGCAUCAGCUUCGCCGCGCGACUGAGCAUCUUCGAAAGUUUAUAACGUGGUGAGCUGUUGACCGCACGAACCGACCCCAGACCAAUGCUGCCUUUCCUUUAAUUUGUGUGUUGUUUGGGAGCAGCAAAUCCCCAGGUUAAUUAAUUUCCACGGCUUCGUGCAAUUUGUGAUUUCGGUGGCUGUUGGACCCACGGCAGCGUGGAGACUUCUUCAACAGGUGCUGCAGUCAUGGCGCGGACUCAAAGUCCCUACACUACAUACCUGAAAAUGAAAUUUGAGGCUCGGAUCGAUUUUGAUGCUGUCGCAGACAGGUUGUUGACAUCUGUGAAAGUAUUGAAAACAUCUUCCCAUUUUUUCUGGAGAUGGAGAGUGAAUCAUCAGUCUUGAGUAAAGCAUCGGUGGAUCGAACUAGACACAGCCUGGCUUGACUGAUCACUGCUCAUCAAGACUUGUAUGAAGGUCUGCUCCCUCAUUACAUUGGCCCACGUUGAGAUUUUCUGCCACUUCCUUCCUGUCUCAAUUAGUCGUUUGCAAGAAGUGGAUACCCUUUAAUCGGCCUAGCUGCUGAUCAGUUAUGAGAAAUCCAAAUGCGCGUGUGUGUCUGUGUGUUGAUAGAUAAGCCAGUGUACAUGAGCUGUUCAGAUCCUGUCUGUGUGU